AGAAGAAGAAGACCAAAAAAGUUGCAUGCUGGGAAGAUGGCCGACACCAGUGCGGCUAGUGAAGAAUGAGAGGACGAGAAACCGAAUACAGUUCUUGCGGCAAAUGUCAUCAAUCGUUUUAAAACGAUUUCCGGUGUAGGUGCGUCCGAGCUACCAGAGAAAAUAAUAUAUUGUGUCAGUGUGAAUAAGUCAAACGCAUUGUCAAUAACACCAAACCAUAUCCGCUCCUGGAUAGAGAGGACAGAGCGAGGCGAAUUGAAACCUAGGUCAAGACAGUUUGCAAAAAACGUUGUCAUUGCAAUGGACGUCCAUGACCAAAGAAAUACAGUAUUCCACGAUUAACUAGCUAAUUUAAAUGUGGUAAAUUAGUUAAUGCUCAACCGAUAUAGUGAACGUUUUAAUUGACGGGCUGGCUGUCACUCCUAUGUUUCGCUUAACUUCUUGGGAGUGUCACGGUCAGAUGACAGACUGACUGUCAUUGCUCCCAGUGAGAUACUCAACGGCAACACCCAUCUGGAUAUUCCUCUUGCGUUGACAAACAUGUAAGUGUAGUCUGCAGUGCCUCAGCGGUGUACUAGCCUGUGUAGUAUGCUGUGGCUGUCCUCCAGCCCAGGCCUCCUGAGCUGCGAAAGCAUAAUUCCUUUGCCCCUCUGCCAGCGACACGCCUGCCGCCUUAGCGCCCUCGCUCUCGCCCUCGCCGGCAUGUACACUACCCGCCUGUACAGCGCAGUAGGUGGUGGUGGAGGAGGAAAGCCUGGACGCCGGCCGGGCCUGGGGGGUGGAGGUCUGCCCAUGCUGGAGAACCACACCCACCACCACCCUCUCCCACCACACCAACAUCCCCACCACGUGCCUCCUCCACCUCCCAGCUACCCGCCCAUCUACCAGGGGCGCCCUGACCCUCACCGGGGGCCCCACUUUCACAGUCACCACCACCACCAACACUACCAUCCCCACCCACACAUGGCCCCUCUGCCUCCACCCAUCCCCCCGCAUCCUCACUACCAGACACACGCCCACCUGCACCACCACGGCACUGUUGGCACCGCCGGCAACAACAAGAAGAAGACGUGGAACUUCAUCCACGAGAAGAUGAGCUACGACACCUUCUUCACCAUGAAGAGGCUGAUCGAACGCUCGCGGAGAGCGGACGAGGUGCUGCGCUGGGUGACGCAGAACCCAGGCAAGAUUUCACACAACCAUUACCCAAUCGCACUGCAGAAGAUCGGCCAACUACUACAGGCCGGGGCUGGGGGAGGAGGAGGGGGCGGCGGAGGUGGCUCGGAUGCAGCCCUGGUUCCCUCUCCCGGAGUCGGUGGAGGAGAAAGAGUGGAGAAUGAAGGUCGACAGAUCUUGGAGCACCAGGACUUCCAGACGCUGUGCGACUCCAUUGUGAGGGACUGUGCCAAGUUUGACAACUUCAGCAUUGUCAACUGCCUGUACGCUGUGGCAGCAUUAGGCCUUCCCAGCGACUCGCGGGUAGUGCAGGUGCUGGAGGCUGAGUCCCAAUCACGACUGGGCCAGUUUAACCAGAAGGACGUGUCCAUGGUGUUCAGCUCCAGCAUGAAGCUGCACCCCAGCAGCCAGCACCCGCUCACCGAGGCCUGCCUGGCGGGCUUGGAGAAGAACCUGGAGCGGGAGCGUCACCCACAGACCCUCUUCCUGCUGCUCUCCUACUACCGCCUCAAGUGGCGCUCGCUGCAAUCCAGCGACGCUGCAACGGCCGAGAUCGUGGCCAAUAUACCACCCAACCCGGAACAGCUCCUGGCCAACAGGAAGAUCCUCCGACUGGUCAAGCACACACUGGCUAGCGUAAGUGGCGUGCGCGACCAGGAAAUGGCGCUGCUGGACGAGAUGCUGGCUACUUGCGUACGCGAGGCUAGUAACAAGAGCCUGGAGAUCAUCUUCAGCUCCCACCUAUUCUACCAGAACAGACAGGAGAGGUUUGUGUGCAGCCUGGCUGAGGAGCUGCCUAAAAAAGUGGACAGCAUAACCCCAUACACUAUGGCCCUCAUUGCCAAAUACAUUGCCCGCCACCGGCUCAGAGAGACUCGACUCCUCGACACCAUCGCUGAUUUCCUGGUCAAGAAGGGAGAAUACCUGGAUAGCAAGGUAAUCCAAAAGCUUGUGUUCCCCUUCAGCCGGAUGAGCUACCGGCCGUCCAACGAGGUCCAGUUCUUCUCCAAGCUGGAAGUGGUGCUGGAACUAAAGGCCCUGAGCUCCCCGCUAGCCACAGUCAACAUCCUCAUGUCCCUGUUCCAGCUGGGCCACUUCCCUGAGCUGGUGCUGCACAAGGUCUUCUCCACCGCCUUCAUCAGCAACGUCACCAACAGCCCUUACGCUCUGAUCGUGCGUCGCUACCUGUCUCUGUUGGACGCGGCGGUGGAGCUGGAAUUCAGGGACUACACCGGUCCACGGCUCCAGGACACGCACAAGGUGCUCAUGUUUGACCACGCGCUGACCGCUGACGAGGUCAACCGCAAAUACAGCUACAGGGGUCUUGUUGCUGAAGCCCUCAGACAGUUGGUUGGAGAGCAUGGCUACAAACAAGACGAGGUUCUGGCCCCUGGUUAUUACACAGACUUCCUGCUGUGGAUUGACAGCUCUGGCCAGGUUCUCCCUAUCCAGGCAGGGGCCUCCCUAGGUGUUUCCCACAAAGCCCCAGAGGGAUCCGUGGCUGUGACGGCCCUCGCCUCAGACUUUCAAAAGUUCUCCCCCUUCGCCCCACUAGAGGAAGGGGGGGACCAGCGACCCGUCGGAGGGGACGAGUCGGUGACCAUCCUGCCACACCACAUGCAGCGCGGGGAAAACCCUGCCUCGGCCCAGAGGCCCGGCCCUAAUGGCGGGGGCCCACUUGACUACAACACGUACUACACGCCUGCUGACUACUACUCCAGCCUGGCCAAGGAGCACUCUCUGGAGAGCCAGGACAGCUCCACGCUCAGCAGCCCUCCCUCUGACAGCCUAGCCCAGCCAAUGGCCUCCGGGGUAGGAGGAUCCACCACAGCUGCCCCGGUUUCUCUUUUCCAGUUCUCUAUUGGGAAGAUCCUGGAGGAUGAGGGAGGGGUGCAGGUGGGGCCAGGUAAUCAUGGGCCCGGCUGCGAGCUCCCUGUCUUCUAUGAGGGGUUGGCCGGGGACGUGGGGCUGCACCCGGCCGAUCGAACCGACACAGAGAGGGCAGUGGGGGACCAGCGACAAGUUAAGAGAGUGGUCAUGUCGGUGAAUGACAAGUGGCACUACUGUCACAACUCUGAGGUGCUGGUGGGCUCUCGAGCCAUGAGGGACCGUCAUCUGUUGCUCCUGGGAUAUGUCAUUCUGCAGCUGCCCUAUCACGAGCUGGAGAAGCUGAAUGGCAUAGAGGAGGUGAAGCAGUACCUCCACAAAAAGCUCCUGGAGGUCCCCUUAUGACAACAAAAGACUUGAGUGUGUGUGUGUGUGCGCCAUUGCGACUGCUUGGGAUAGGACAGGGGGUUGUUGGUGGGAUUGGGAAAAGGGGGUGGUUUGGGGUAGAGAACAAACCCUGGUCAAAGUCUAAAACUAGUUUUUUUUGUUGUUGCAAUUUUGCUCUUGCAUUCAUCAAAAUGGCGCCACGCUAUUUGCAACGAGCCAUAUACCCAGUUGAUGACAUGUCUAGUAUCAUGUUGCCACGCUUGGUAUCUUGUUAUUGUCACUUCACAACCGUUCUUGACCAUCUUGCCUACGGACUGUUCUUAGUGUAUCACAGUAGCAUGACAAAACAGUUUUUUUUUUUUUCUAUAGUUGUAGUUUUAAUCAUGGCUUUGUGUGGGGGAAUAAGAUGUUUAUUAUAAUUAUUAUAGAGUCAUACAGAGAUGACAAUGUUCUGGUGUUUGGGGAGGGUAGGGGGGGGGGGGGGUAAUUUUAUAUUGUUAAACUCCAGUUGUAACGCAUGACUGUUCAUACAGGACAAACAAACGGGGCUUCAUAGUGUUUUCUAAUACUGGUGCACCGUAUGUAGACUAAUGGACUGUAGGAUGUUAAUGAGGGAUGAGCAUUUAUAAAUGUAGGUUUAAUGUGUUUAUAUAUUUUUGAAUGCUGGAACGGCUUUUCCCGUGUCCAGAACAAAGAAACGCGCGGUGGAACUCCAACAUCAACUUAGUCUCUCUUUUGUUUUGUCUUUGGCACUUCACUUGUGACAUUUUAAUGAAGGACUGUAUUCACAGAGGAGUUUGAUUCCUCAAGUGAGUUUCCACCAACUGCAUUGACAAUGAAACAGGUUUUCCAGGAGGGAAUUGCUAGAUACCCGGGACCUCAUUUAUCUCACUCAAUUCUGGCGUACAUGGAGAUAAAUAGUUGCCCGUGCAAAUCCUACAAACUGUCACAUGCAUUAUAUAUAUAUGUUUUCACUGAUAAACUAGAGCCAUACUAUAUUUGUGCAACCCCGCUUGGAAAAUGCCCUCAUUCACGGUAACAAAAACGGUAUGAUUUGGAGAUGUAGGAACUGGGCCGUGAUAGUUCCUGAAAGAAAAACGCAAUGGCAAGUUGCAUCACAUUUCUGGAGAGAUGUAGACCGAAGGUGUUCAUCUCUUGCAGUGACUUUUUCAAACUUUAAAUGCCAUGGCCAUGCACUAUGCAACAUUGUCUAUUUUGAGUAAUUUUAAAAGUAAAUGUUUCAGCCCGCUUUUAUGCAGAAGAUGAAUUGUUGUUCAGUAUUUUGUUAUCAAUACAUAGUGUUUUAUAUCUUCUGCCUUGGUGGCUCUGAGAUUUAAUAGGCUAAGAUGUUGUGCUCCUGCUGCACAGCAUUACUGUAGCCUACCCAUACUGUCAAAUAUUUUAAAUAGGCUACCAGCCUAUUUACUUUUGAGCGAUGGAUAAAUGGUAUCCUCAUUAGUUAUGCAGCAGGAAUGAACCAGUUACAAGUCAGAAAAGGAGAGAUGUAGGCCUAAUAUAAUAAAAGUAAAGUAACAUAUUAGGCUACAUGCUUCUCUGAGAUCUCCUUACUAAAUGCAUCUGUGUUAUCAUUAGUAUCAUGUUUUGUUUUAAUAUACCAUUAUAAUUCUUGUGCAUCAGAACCAUCUCCAUUUCCCCAUAAGAAAAAUGUGUGCAAUACAGUUGAUCAACCACCAGACAUACACAUGGCCUGAGCUGUACUUGGGAGAUACUUACACUUUCCCGCAAAUUCAAAUGUAUUAAAACAAUUUUUUAAAGAUAUCUUUAAGGGGGAGAAA